AUGGUAUAUCAGAAGAUGGAGGCGCUUGUUAAUCACAUGCUUGACGCAGAGUCUGGUGUUCCUAUCAAAACUGUCAAAAGCUUCCUAUCUAAGGUACCAUCCGUUUUCACGGGUCAGGAUCUCAUAGCAUGGAUUAUGAAGAGUUUGGACAUGUCUGACCUCUCCGAUGCUCUCCAUCUUGCACAUCUCAUUGCAUCGCAUGGUUACCUUUUUCAAAUAGACGAUCACGUACUAACUGUGAAGAAUGAUGGGACUUUUUAUCGGUUUCAAACUCCUUAUUUCUGGCCGUCUAAUUGCUGGGAGCCUGAAAAUACUGAUUACGCGGUCUAUUUGUGCAAGCGAACAAUGCAGAAUAAGGCACAUUUGGAGUUGGAAGACUUCGAGGCUGAGAAUUUAGCGAAACUUCAAAAGAUGUUCAGUCGAAAAUGGGAGUUCGUGUUCAUGCAGGCUGAGGCUCAAUAUAAAGUUGACAAGAAGCGAGAUCGACUGGAACGGCAAAUUCUAGACAGCCAAGAGAGAGCUUUCUGGGACGUUCACCGACCGGUUCCUGGAUGUGUUAACACAACUGAGGUUGACUUUCGAAAGCUGUCUCGCUCCGGGCGACCUAAGUAUAGCUCUGGUGGGCACGCAGCCUUGAAUGCCGCUGCUUCCUCCGGUUGUAGUCCAUAUUCAACUAGUGCGGCGGCUGCGCAAGCUCAGUUACCUUCUACUUCAAAUGGAGCACCUGCAGCAACUCAGCAAACAUCUCAGACCAGGUUUGGUUUGAUUAUUCUAGCUAUUUCAGCUGACAAUUUUUCAUUAGAGGUUGUGAUCAGGUAUAAC